UACUGCGAUCUCUUCUCUGACCCUAAGCUGUUUGCUUGGGACAAUAUCGAGAGGAACAGGAGGAUAGGCGCGCCUUUACUGCUACUUCUCGGUGCAUGCAUGGGAGGUCUCUGGGCACACAGCGGUGUCGGUCUUGCAGGCGCCCUAUGGACUGCGGUUGGGCUCAAGACAUUGAUCGUAAUCACUUGGAUAUUCUGGACGGGAGAGAAGGAUGAGGAGUAGAUGGUGGAGGUUUCGGCGAUGGCGCGGUUGCAAGGUGUGGAAAUAUUUCGCCUUCACUUGACCUGCCCGCAGCUAGACACCACUAUCUUCAUUGCAUCUUCAACUAUUUCCAACAUUCAUUUCCAACCCACUGAAAUCCUCCCCGCUUGCCUAGAAGUCAUUCGCUUGCAAUGACCACCGAUGACCACGAGUUCUCAUACAGCACGGGCCGCGCUCUCACGAGCUUUCAUUUGUUCUCCAAAUUACCUGGCAACCUCCGCGCUCUCGUUCUUUCGCACGCUGUACCUACCCCGCGCACGCGCUUCAUCGAGCUCUACGGCUUUACGUCACCUAGCUACAACCCACGUGUCAGGUGUGUUCCUCGGCUGCCUCCGCUCUUCGUCGUCUCGCGUGAAACCCGCAACUUCAGCAUCGUCCACGAAAAUGGUACGCUUGUCCACCUCUUCGCCAUUUCCAAAGCACAAAAUAUGUUCUACAUCAACUUCGAACGCGACAUCAUCUUCUUGUCAUCGCGCUUCACCCCUUCCGGAAACUCCACGGAAACGUCCCGGCUGCGAGAACUGAGCUCGCUGCAAAAUCCUAUUUUCCUCUCUCAAGGGCGCAAGAUCAUCGUGACUCAGUCGAGCCUCGAUGAUUUUGAGUCUGUCGGUGGUACUCUAUUGGAUUUUGUCGGGUCAGAGAAGCUGUACGUCGCCAUGUACCAUUGUUGGAGCGACAAGGCUGUGAGGACGAGGCUGAGGCAAGGAAGACCGGUGGAUGGGUACGUGAAGUUCAAGAUCGCGGCUGAGAUGAGGGUUGCGGAGAGCGACGAGACGAAGGAUGGAAGACAAUAGUGCUGAGGAGCAUGAGGUGAGAACCUUGGGAAGGGCAAAGAGAAGGGUUGUUGAGUGCGAGUUGCGUCUCGACAGGUAGGCUUGGAUAGGAUCGGA